AUGGAGGAGACGGUGGAGGGUUCUGGUUCUGGUUUUGGGAGGUGUGAUGUCUGUAACAAUACCUCCUACUUGGAAUACAUGGCAGAACCAUCCCUCUUCAGCCAAUCGGAGCUGGCCGCCGUGACAACGCUGUGUGUGCCAUUGUUGGUGUUUGGCCUGCUGGGUAAUAUUUUGACGGUUCUGGUGGUCUGGCUCUGCCCCCAGAUGAGAAGCACCACCUACCUGUACUUGGGCAGCAUGGCAGUGUCAGACACUCUCAUCCUUUUGCUGAUGCCCCUUGACCUCUACAAGCUGUGGUGGUACCGGCCCUGGUUGCUAGGCGACGCAGUGUGUAAGCUCUCACAGUUUCUAAGCGAGUGCUGCACCUUCUCUUCUAUCCUGCACAUGACGGCGCUGGGUGUGGAGCGCUACGUAGCUGUGUGCUUCCCCCUGAAGGCCCGCCUCCUGGUGACACGUGGGCGUGUCCGCGGGCUGAUCGGCGGGCUGUGGGGUGUGGCCAUGCUGAGCGCGGGUCCUGUGUUGGUGCUAGUGGGGGUGGAGGACCUGGGCGACGGCGUGCUGGAGUGUCGCAGCACCCAGUUUGCGCAGACGUCCGGCCUGCUGAGGGCCAUGCUGUGGCUCUAUAACCUCUAUUUCCUGCUUCCUCUGCCCCUGCUCAGCCUGCUCUAUGGCCUCAUAGCACGACGCCUGCGACGCCGACCACACCCGCACAACGCACACCGCCACACCCUGAGGAUGAUGGUGGUGAUUGUGGUGGUGUUUGUCCUGUGCUGGUUGCCCUUCCAUACGGGUCGGACUCUCUUCUCCGUGGGUCCAGGUUCUUCUCCAGAUCUUUAUUACAUCAGUCAGUAUCUGAACCUCAUCUCCUUCGUGCUGUUUUACCUCAGCGCCGCCAUCAACCCACUCCUCUACAACAUCAUGUCAGCCCGUUACCGUGCCAACGUGUGCAGCCUUCUCCACCUCCCGCUGGGCCUCACGGAAGAGCUGCACCGCAGGGCCCACCCUUCUCCUGUUACCCCUUCCUUCUCCAGCACACACUUCUGA